UGCAUAUGCGGAAGAAGAGCAACUAAGUAGAGUUAUUUAUCGCUAUUGGCAAAGAAACAUUCUUCACCCAUUUGGCGCGGUUAAACUAACUAAAAUGGUCUGGAGUUAGCUAACGGUAGAAAUAGAUACUAAAUAUGUAAACUCUUGAUUUAUUAUAACUACCAUAUUUGUGGCAACUUUCUGAAACAUUUUCUUAUUUUGUUUAUGUUUCGAUUUCAAUAGCAGCAGAACGUGGUAUCAAUUUUGUUCAUAAUAGAUUAAAACAAGAGAAGUGUAUGACAGUUGAUUAUUACUGUGAGAAAGAAAGAGACAAUGUAUCUGGAAGAGUAUGAAAAUAAUUUAAAUGAUUGUAAAGUAGAAGGGCAUGCUGCUCAAGUGAUUUCACCUACUGAUGAUCAUUUAUUUGAGCUCCAAGAAGAGGCUUUAGAAUCUAUUCUUUUAGCUGAUAAUGUUCGAGAUAAGAAAGUUGUUGUGCUUUCAAUUGCUGGAGCAUUUAGAAAAGGGAAAUCUUUCCUCUUGGAUUUUUGCCUACGGUAUUUAAAUAACAAGGGAAACCCUGAUUGGAUAGGAGCUGAAGAUGAACCUUUAACUGGAUUUUCAUGGCGUGGUGGUUGCGAAAGAGAUACUACUGGAAUCCUUAUUUGGAGUAAAGUGUUUUUGACAAAGCUACCCAAUGAGGAAGAGGUUGCAGUUUUACUUCUUGAUACACAAGGAGCUUUUGAUAGUGCUUCAACAGUGAAAGAUUGUGCUACUGUUUUUGCUUUGAGUACCAUGAUAAGCUCCAUACAGGUGUAUAAUCUUCCUCAAAACAUCCAAGAAAAUGAUCUGCAACACUUACAGCUUUUUACAGAAUAUGGAAGAUUGGCUCUUGAAGAUACUAGGGAACGUCCUUUCCAGAAACUCCUUUUUCUUGUUCGUGAUUGGAGUUACCCAUAUGAGGCAAGUUAUGGAUUACAAGGUGGAAGGAAAAUUCUUGAGAAACGACUUAUUAUUUCUGAAAAGCAACAUCCGGAACUACAACAGCUUCGAAAACACAUUCGUGCCUGCUUUGCUGAUACUUCUUGUUUUCUUUUACCUCAUCCUGGUCUUAAAGUAGCAACAAAUCCUCAUUUUGAUGGUAGACUUUCAGAUAUAGCAGACAAUUUCAAAGAAAGUUUGAGACUCUUGAUUCCACAUUUGCUCUCUAGGGAAAAUCUGAUAUUAAAGGAAGUGAAUGGGAAGAAAAUUACUUGUAAAGAGCUUUUGGAAUAUUUUAAGGCAUAUGUGAAAAUAUUUCAAUGUGGUGAACUUCCAGAACCUAAGAGUAUGUUAUUGGCAACAGCUGAGGCUAAUAAUCUAACAGCUGUUACUAAUGCAAAAGAUCACUACAGUAGCGCAAUGGAAAAGAUUUGUGGUGGUGAUAAACCUUAUAUAAGACCUCAGCAGUUAGAGCUCCAUCAUAAUCAUUUAAAAAAUGAAUGUGAGAUACUUUUCAAUUACACUAGAAAAAUGGGAGGAGAAGAAUUUUCUCGGCAAUAUUGUGAAAAACUCUUAAAGGAACUUGAUCUUAUGUACCUGAAUUACAAAAAGCAUAACGAUGGAAAAAAUAUAUUUGCAUCUGCUAAAACUCCUGCUACACUUUUUACUCUAGAUAUUAUAAUAUACUUUUCAGCUGGAAUAUUUUCAUUGAUUGGCAUGACAGCAAUUGCUCAUUUUUGUAACCUUAUUAUGGGAGUUAUAUUAUUAACUCUUUGCCUUUGGACUUACAUAAGAUACAGUGGGGACAUGCGUGAUGUAGGAGUACAAAUCGAUCUUCUUUCAGCUCGUGUUUUUAAUGAGAUCCUGAAUCCUGUUUAUAAACUAGCCUCCACACACAGUUUGGUCUAUCUAAUAAGCUUAGCUGAUGAAGGUCGAAUUAGAAAUGUACAGGUUGGAAAUUGAGUGAAAGUCUCUGAAUCAAGAAUGAUGCAUUUACAGAGUGCUUUGUAAUGACUUGCUCUUUUAUGUAUGUUUCGAAUUCUUGUAAAAACAAAGUAAAAAAUCUAUGCACAUUAAGGUUCAAAAUCAAUAUUUAUGAGGCCUCUUUUCCCGCAGUAAAAUGCUAAGUCCUACUUAAUGGCUUUUAGCAUCCCCCCCCCAAAAAAAAAGAGUGUGAAGAGACAGUCACUAAAAUCGCUUCAAAGUAUUUUAAGUGAUUAAAAGAUCUGUUUGUCAAAAGCUUCUACCUCUGGGGAUGACAUCAAGUUUAGGGUAGCGAGGAAGAAGAUCAAUUUCCAGAACUUUGACCUUUUCAAAAAAAAAAAACCUUUUUUUUUCUUCACAUAAAUCAUCUGGUUUAAUUUUUAACAAUGAUAAUUUUUUUUAUUGUAGAUUUUGUUUAGAAUAAGGAGGUAUUUGCAGUUUGAUAUUUUGAAAAAACUCUCUAGUAUCUAAAUCUUCAUAAGUUACCUCUAUUGCCCUGUGAGCUCACUUUUUUCUUUUCUAUAAAUUUUAAAUUAUUAAUAGAGGUGAAUUAUCGAAAAGUGAGUACUCUCUAGAAAUCUGUUUUUCAUCAAAAUCUCCAUGAAGUUGCCUUUAAAUUGUCGCUAGUAUAUUAACUUUUUCGUAGACUUCACUUUUAAAACAAAGUAUCAUUUUAUAGCUAUAUUUAUUAUUAUUAUUUGAUCUUAAUAAAAUUUGUGUUUUCUUGAACUCAUCAAGCAAAUAAAAAUACAAAGAUCAACAAAAAGAAAUCUUAAAACUGAACAAUACAAAUGAAACAAAUAUAAAUGUUUCAUUGGUUAAAUCUGAUUUUUUUUUUAAUGUUUUAUUUUGGAUUUUAACCGUGUAUAUUCAAAUUUAAAAACAUUAAUAAUAAUUUGGCACUUUUGAAGAAAAGGAAAACUUUUUUAAAAAAUUUCUUCCUCAAAUAAAUUGUUUUUUGAUUAUUUUAAUUACUCUUUUUCUUUUAUUGACAUCAUUGUUCUUUUUAAUUUCAAUAUUAACUUGUGAUUCUUAAAGUGCAUAGCUUUUUUCCAAGAAUUUAAAAGCAUACAUUAAUGGCUCUUAUUUCAUAACUCCCUGUAACAUUUACAUUAACAAAUUGUCUUGCAUACUCAGAUUCAAUUGACAAUAAAAAAAAAACUAUCAUAUGCCAAA